AAACUCAAUCUAUCAAAAGUCAAAACGUUAUCAUUUUAUCAAUAAUCUUUGAGGUUUAAAAUUUGAAUCUAAUUCUCAUAAAUCCUCAAUGGCGAAAGAUAUUAGAUAAUCAAAAAAUUUUAUAAGACCUUAAUUUAAUAAGGUAAACUUACCUGUAAUUGCAUUUGUAUAUCCCACUUCAUUAUAAAUGAAAGCAACAUGGACACAGUCAGCACACCUGGUUCAGAUGAUUAUAGAGAUUCGUUUAGUUCCAUCAACGAAAGACCAGUCGAUGAUAUAUCACUGGAAUUUUUCUACAAACCACACACUAUUACGUUAUUAGCGGUUUCCAUAGCUGCCGUUAUUCAUACAGCUUUUGUCAGAGAUGAGCUCAACAUCCAAGACAAUAUAUGGUCUGGUAUCUGUUGCGUUGUUUUCUUCUUUUUAAUCAUAUCGGUACUUACUUUCCCUAAUGGCCCCUUUACUAGACCUCACCCUGCUGUAUGGAGGAUUGUGUUUGGCAUGUCAGUCUUGUAUUUAUUGGCAUUGCUAUUUCUCUUAUUUCAAAAUUACUCUACUGUAUAUGAUAUAAUGUAUUGGAUUGACCCAGAGUUGCGCAACUUUCAUAUAGAUAUGGAGAAGGAGUAUGCGGUUAAUUGUAAUGACCUAAGUAUAAUAUGGUCCAGAUUGGAUGUUUAUGCCUGGGGCCAUUUCUUAGGAUGGAUGUUUAAAGCUAUUCUUUUUAGGCAUGCUGGUCUUUUGUGGGCUAUAUCAAUAAUGUGGGAAAUAACUGAAAUAGCCUUUGCUCAUUUAUUGCCAAAUUUUUUGGAGUGUUGGUGGGAUUCAAUUAUUUUAGAUGUUUUAUUAUGUAAUGGAUUUGGGAUAUGGUGUGGUCUAAAGAUAUGUAAAGCUUUAGAAAUGAGGGAAUAUAAAUGGGUCAGUAUAAGGGACAUCUCAUCUACAACGGGUAAAAUCAAAAGGGCCAUUCUUCAAUUUACCCCAGUUCAGUGGACUCCUGUGCGAUGGCUGGACCCAAACUGUACUUAUAUGAGAUUCUUUGCUCUCAGCCAACUUGUUGUAUUCUGGCAGAUAUCAGAACUAAACACAUUUUUCUUAAAACAUAUAUUUGAAAUGCCGCCUUCCCAUCCUCUAGUUAUCGCUCGACUAGUUCUGAUUGGAGUAAUUGUAGCUCCUUCUAUUAGACAAUAUUAUACAUAUAUAACUGAUCCAAACUGCAAAAGAGUUGGAACCCAGUGUUGGGUUUAUGGUGCAAUUAUGGUGACAGAGUCAAUGCUGUGCAUAAAGAAUGGGAAGGAGCUUUUUGGACAAACACAUGUGUCUAAUGUCGUAGUAUGGCUAGUCAUACAAAUUCUAGUCUCAGUAGCAUGUGUCUAUGGUGUUGUGUUGUAUGAUGGAUAUUUUAAGCCUAAAAGUUUAAGUACGAGCAGUGCAAAAAAAGAAAACUGAAGAGUGUAAGAUGGACAGCAGUAAUGCGAUUAAUUUGUGUGGCGCUAGAUAAUUAUUAGCCAGAGACAAAUACAUUUAAACCAAAUAUUACAUAAGAUGGCGUAUGUUAGGUGCCUAGAGGAAUUGAACAUUAGACCUUUCAUAUUUGUCAUCUCGUUUAUUCCAAACUCCUACAACACAAAAACCAUAUGCAAUAAAUAUGGUUUUCGUAGGGAAAAUUUGCAAUAAUAACAACAAUAAGUGAUCUCUUAAAAUGUUGCGUAACUUGUUUUUUUUAAAAAGGUCCUUGUGGGUAAUUCCUCUGUCGUAAGUAAAUAAGUUGCUAAGUAUCAUUAUUUAUUUAGAAAAUACCUCAAAUGUUUCUAGUGUGAAUGAACUGAAGUCAUAAUGUUAUGUAAUAUCUACAUAUUAUUUAAGACCAAAUACUUAGAAAGAGCUUAUUAGGUUUUAUGCAACUUUUUGAAUGUAGAGUUUUUAUUACUUGGUGUCUUCCACAUCCCUUUUAUGUUUUGCUAAUAUGUCCAAUACCCUAUUUAUUAUAUCAUAAUAAAUGGUAAUGUAAUGUAAAUUAAUUGUAAAGGUAAUACAUUCUACUAAGCUGAUUGACUUAUGUACAAAAAUUGAUAACAGUAA